AUGACGACAGACGGCGCCAAUCACAAAGACACAAGGACAGACGGCGCCAGACACAAAGACACAAGGACAGACGGCGCCAGACACAAAGACACAAGGACAGACGGCGCCAGACACAAAGACACAAGGACAGACGGCGCCAGACACAAAGACACAAGGACAGACGGCGCCAGACACAUAGACACAAGGACAGACGGCGCCAAACACAAAGACUCAAGGACAGACGGCGCCAAACACAAAGACACAAGGACAACGGCGCCAGACACAAAGGCACAAGGACAGACGGCGCCAGACACAAAGACACAAGGACAGACAGCGCCAGACACAAAGACACAACGACAGACGGCGCCAGACACAAAGACACAAGGACAGACGGCGCCAGACACAAAGACACAAGGACAGACGGCGCCAAACACAAAGACACAACGACAGACGGCGCCAGACACAAAGACACAAGGACAGACGGACAUCAGAGGCGGCCGGCGAUAG